AUGUAGCCCCUUGACAUUAGAUAUGCCAAAAUGUCAAUUGCAUUCUAUUUCUUUCAAAAAUCAAUCCUGUGUUUUGGCUUUUUCACAUAGCAUAGCAAAAUUGCAGUUUGGAGAUCCACCUCCCUUUAUGCAACCAUAUUCAAGUAACAAUAAAUGUGCUUCAUCAAUAAUUACUGUAACAACGUCAACAAUAUCUAUGUAUUCUUUUAGUCUUCCUAUACCUUCUGUAGAAAAUUAUUCUCCAGGAGACCCUUUACCUUCUCGUGAUACAAUCUCAUGGUUAACAGUAAUUAUAGUCUUCUUUACUGUUCUCUUAUUACUACUUAUAUUGAUACUACCACCAAUAAUAAUUAUCUGUAUUGAAAGAGAUUUUAUUACAUUUAUAUAUCACAAGCAGAAAAGAAAAGAUUUGGAGUACAAGGGUGUACAGGUCAAUCCUGAGUCAAAUAAGCCCAAUCAAAUAGAAUUGCAGAAUAGCAUUGUACAUUUAGAAGGCAUUUUUGGUGAACUAAUGAAAUCAAAAAUUGAUGUUAGAGGCUUAGUAUAUCACUGCAGCAGGACUGGUGUGACACUAAUUAUUCCAGAGGAAGCAGUGCAGCAGCCAACUACUGUAUGGUUUGGAGCAUGUCCAUUUAGUGAUAAAUUCAUGCUUGGUGAUUUUAUAUCAAUUACUCCCAUUGUAUGGGUACACAUUGAUCAAAAUUUAAUCAAGCCUGCAGAGCUUUAUCUACCUCAUUACAUCAACAUUGGGGCAAUGAUAGAGGAGCAAUUAGUUCAUAUGAUAGCUGGGGAUCAGAGCUUCAUGGAUCAAGGAAAAUUUGAAUUCACUGUUAGCAAUAAUGACAAAAUGGAAGUUAAUUCUGAUUUGUUUAAAGUGUGUUGUCACCAUUUUUGUUCUCACUGUGUUGCUAUGGAGAAAAAUGCAUAUAAAAGCUCACAAAAGCACUACAUGUUAGCAAUGGCAGAGAAACAAGAAGACAAAACAAAAUUUGUUGACUUCUGUUGCUUUCCCUGUCAAAUUGGAUGCAAACAGCUUGUAACAAAGCAGUAUGAAGACAUAGAUUUUAAAAUCAGUGACACAAAGAGUUUCAUGUUCAAUGAUGAAGGCGUCUUAUCUAUAGCAUUUGAUCCUGAUAAUAUCCCAGGAUGGGACAGAGAUCAAAAUGGAUUCCAAACUGAAGAGAUAUUAGAGUCUGAGGUUGAUUAUUUUAAAGUAAUGGGUUGUGAAGCUGGUAAUGUGACUAAAGAGAAUAUAGAAAUGCUUAAAAUGAUAGAAGACAUCCUUUCUUAUCCUCCUCGCUUUAGGUUUAAGUUUUCAUGCUUAAAUAAAGCCCUUGCUUUAGAUGCUAUGAAAGUGAAAGUUGUUUUCAGUGGAGCAAACAAAGCACUCCAAAUUAGCAUUACAUUGGAAAACCCAAAAGCAUUCAUAAGUGAAAAUUUAUCUACUUUACAAGGGACUCCUUUUUUAACUCCUAAUAUUACACCAGCAAAUGAUGCCAUAUUGAUGAACCUUUUGACUGUUACAGCUGAUGUCUUUCAUGAUGAUCAUCUUGGCAGUAAAUGGUUUGUUUUUGGUCUGAAACUUGGAUUAAGUGUCUCUCAACUACAUAAGAUUGAGUUACAAUACAGCAAUCCAAUUCAAUUUGCCAGAGAAUUGCUUCUUUUAUGGAGAACUCAAAACAAGUCAGCAUCAUGGGAGCCAGUAGCCGCUGCACUUAAGAGCAUUGAGCUUAAUUCUGUAGCUUUAAAGUUGGAGGGCCACUUUAGAGAACAAUGUCCAAUACCUACACUACCAAGUAGUGUGCUUGAAGCUGAACCUGGCCUUCCUGUACUAAAUAACCUAGUGGGUGCAAAGAUUGAAGACAAGUAUCACUUGUUUGGGAUCGCUGUUGGUCUAAAUGAAGGCUACCUGAGAGGCUUGGACAAAGACUAUGCAACAUGUCAAGAGAGAUUCCAUCAAGUAUUUUAUAAAUGGAGUCAGAUUAAUCCUGAUACUUUCAAAUGGAAAACAAUCAUUGAAGUAUUACAAUCAAAUACUAUCAAAGCUACUUCUGUAGCUGAAUGUGUUAUUGAGCAUUUAGUUAGCAUUCAGUAA